AAGCCAGCGAACUUCUUCUGGACAACGAAUACAGGACCAGCUGUUGUUUGUCCUAGAUUUUAGCAACUGCAGGUUUCUGAAAGUGCUGUGUGGUCUUGUGGCAAUCCUGGGAACCCAAUAUGGCAUCUUGCAUGAGGAGCUUGUUUUCUGAUCACAGCAGAUACGUUGAAUCUUUCCGGAGGUUUCUAAAUAAUUCCACGGAACACCAGUGCAUGCAGGAAUUCAUGGACAAGAAGCUGCCAGGCAUAAUAGCAAGGAUUGGAAAGACAAAAGCAGAAAUUAAGAUUCUGAGCAUAGGCGGAGGAGCAGGUGAAAUUGAUCUUCAGAUUCUCUCCAAAGUCCAGGCUCAAUACCCAGGAAUCUGUAUCAACAACGAAGUUGUUGAGCCAAGUGCUGAGCAAAUUGUCAAGUACAAAGAGCUUGUAGCCAAGACAUCAAACCUGGAGAACAUAAAGUUUGCUUGGCACGAGGAGACAUCAUCUGAAUAUCAGAAACGAGUGCUGGAAGAAGAGCCUCAGAAGUGGGACUUUAUUCACAUGAUUCAGAUGCUGUAUUACGUAAAGGAUAUCCCACAUACCCUGAGAUUCUUCCAUGGUCUCUUAGCUGCUAAUGCUAAGAUUCUCAUUAUUCUUGUGUCAGGAACUAGUGGCUGGGACAAGCUAUGGAAAAAGUAUGGAUCCCGUCUACCCAGAGAUGACCUCUGCCAGUACGUCACAUCCUCUGAUCUCACUCAGAUACUGGAUAACCUGGGGAUUAAGUAUGAGUGUUCUGACCUUUUGUCCACCAUGGACAUAACAGACUGUUUUAUUGAUGGUAAUGAAAAUGGAGAGCUGCUUUGGGAUUUUUUAACAGAAACCUGCAACUUUAAUAAAACAGCACCACCAGAUCUCAAAGCAGAAAUUAUGAAAGAUCUUCAAGAACCUGAAUUUAGUGUUAAGAAAGAGGGGAAGGUACUUUUUAACAAUAAUCUGAGUUUUAUAGUGGUUGAGGCAUAAGUAUAAAUCAUAAGAGUGUUCAAAAUGAACAAUUGUGAUUGUUUAGAACACCCUUAUUUUGAACAAUUGUUUGUUUACAUGUCAAAUACAUAUUUACAUAUUAAAGUUAAAAUUAAUCUUAGAAUUAGGAUAUAAUAUUUUCUCUUAUAAAUGAAAUCUACAAAUUUUCAAGACAUUCUUGAGUUUCCACCAGAAUCAUGUGGGACACUUCCAGUUAUCACUUGUCCUUGAAACAUAGCAUUCAGGCUAAGUACUUCCUAACUGGAAACAUGUGGCUUGGCUUGCUGAUAAUAAACUUCUCUCCAUCAUCUUAUUGUACUGGAAAUUCUUAGAAUAGUGAUGAAAUAUGUGCCAUCUAUAUUUUGAAUAAUAGCAAAAUAACAUUUAUUGAUUCUUUCAUUACAAAAAGUUGAUAUAUCUCCACUUGUAAAGAAGUGUUUGUCUUCCUAUUUUUCCUAUGGUAAUUUCUAUCACGUCUUUUAUUAAUAUCAUCAUAAAAUUAGAGGCUGGUGGGAUGGUUUUUCCAGAAGCCCUGGGUUCUGGAAAAGCCCUGGGUUCUGGGCAGAUUUCAGCAUGCAUAUUCUACACCUCACAACAGACUGUGACACCAGCCCUAUAGAAUCUGAUGCCAUAUUCUAGCCUUGCAGGCAUCAACACUUAUGUGCACAUACCACUCCCACACACAUAAUUAAGAAUAAAACAAUCUUUUAAAAAGAUUACAAAAUUGGCUCUUUGUCAUGUGAUUUUUCUACACUACCUAAGCUAUAACCAUCUUUUCUCUUUUUGAUAUACUGAAACUACAUUUUGUGUGAAUCAAUUUAGUUCACAUUUUCCUUUUCUCAGUUUUAGUUUUUGAAACAUUUUAAAGGGUCUUAUAAAGUUUAAAAUACAAAUACUUUUGUAAUAAUUUCAUAACUUCAUUCAAAGUUACCUUUGGACAGUAGGAUUUCAGAGAAUUUGGGGAUACUUAUUUGAUAUUCUUAUUUUAUUUUAAAUAAACCUCUAUUAUUCUUAAAAGAAUAAUAUAUUGUAAGUCAGUAAAUAAGUAAUAAUUCAUAAAUGUAGUGGUAUUUGGUCUAUUCAUGACCUUGGGCUAUAUGGCCCAAAGGAGGUGAUGCUCCAUGACCUCUUAUAAAGAGUUAGAGAAGAGUCACAUGACCCGUCUCCCUGCUCCUGCCUACAAGGUGGAUUUGCUCCUGGUCAGAUAAGAAGAUAACUUCUGCUGUCUAUUCUGUUCUGUAAUCAUGAGUGUAUUUCCUCAUUUAAUAUCUUAAUAAAUUCUGUUAUCCAU